AUGGCAUCACAGUUGCUACGACGCCACAAUUACCUCGUGACAAGGUCCGCAUUUCACAGGCCAGAAGCUCAGUACUAUCCGGAGCAAACUUUCCGGCAAGAGCUUUUCUGCUUGGCAGAUCAAUUGAAAAUCGCGAUGCCAAAGGUUGAGUUGCACUCCAGUAAAGUCCCACCCAGCCGCAUCCCGAAUUGCCAAGCAGGCUUGACAGGCAAGCCUGUCAUCUUGACAGCCAAUCAUCAAAGCACUCACUGGCUGAGGUCACCAGCCACAAGGCCGUGCGCUGGGAUUCGCUCCCGGCUUCCCUACAACGUCAUACCGUGGGGGAGGGAGCCACUAUUAUUUUAG